ACUUCCGGGAGAUCUAGGAAGUCGCUUCUCUUUCUGGCAGGAGGCGGGGUUCUCCCCGUACGCUGCGGAGUCUCUGCGGGGUGUAGACCGGAAUCCUGCUGACGGGCAGAGUGGAUCAGGGAGGGAGGGUCGAGACACGGUGGCUGCAGGUCUGAGACAAGGCUGCUCCGAGGUAGUAGCUCUCUUGCCUGGAGGUGGCCAUUCAUUCCUGGAGUGCUGCUGAGGAGCGAGGGCCCCUCUGGGGUCUCUGGAAGUCGGUGCCCAGGCCUGAAGGAUAGCCCCCUUGCGCUUCCCUGGGCUGCGGCCGGCCUUCUCAGAACGAAGGGCGUCCUUCCACCCCACGGCGCAGGUGACCGCUGCCAUGGCUUUUCCCCAUCGGCCAGACGCCCCUGAGCUGCCUGACUUCUCCAUGCUCAAGAGGCUGGCUCGAGAUCAGCUCAUCUAUCUGCUGGAGCAGCUUCCUGGAAAAAAGGAUUUAUUCAUUGAGGCAGAUCUCAUGAGCCCUUUGGAUCGAAUUGCCAAUGUCUCCAUUCUGAAGCAACAUGAAGUAGACAAGCUAUACAAGGUGGAGAGCAAGCCAGCCCUCAGCUCCAAUGAACAAUUGUGCUUCUUGGUCAGACCCCGCAUCAAGAAUAUGCGAUACAUUGCCAGUCUUGUCAAUGCUGACAAAUUGUCUGGCCGAACUCGCAAAUACAAAGUGAUCUUCAGCCCUCAAAAGUUUUAUGCGUGUGAGAUGGUGCUUGAGGAAGAGGGAAUCUAUGGAGAUGUGAGCUGUGAUGAAUGGGCCUUCUCUUUGCUGCCUCUUGAUGUGGAUCUGCUGAGCAUGGAACUACCAGAAUUUUUCAGGGAUUACUUUCUGGAAGGAGAUCAGCGUUGGAUCAACACUGUAGCUCAGGCCUUACACCUUCUCAGCACUCUCUAUGGACCCUUUCCAAACUGCUAUGGAAUUGGCAGAUGCGCCAAGAUGGCAUAUGAAUUGUGGAGGAACCUGGAGGAGGAGGAGGAUGGCGAAACCAAGAGCCGAAGGCCAGAGAUUGGACAUAUCUUUCUCUUGGACAGAGAUGUGGACUUCGUGACAGCACUUUGCUCCCAAGUGGUUUACGAGGGCCUGGUAGAUGACACCUUCCGCAUCAAGUGUGGGAGUGUCGACUUUGGCCCAGAAGUCACAUCCUCUGACAAGAGCCUGAAGGUGCUACUCAAUGCCGAGGACAAGGUGUUUAAUGAGAUUCGGAACGAGCACUUCUCCAAUGUCUUUGGCUUCUUGAGCCAGAAGGCCCGGAACUUGCAGGCCCAGUAUGAUCGCCGGAGAGGCAUGGACAUUAAGCAGAUGAAGAAUUUCGUGUCCCAGGAGCUCAAGGGCCUGAAACAGGAGCACCGCCUGCUGAGUCUCCAUAUUGGGGCCUGUGAAUCCAUCAUGAAGAAGAAAACCAAGCAGGAUUUCCAGGAGCUAAUCAAGACUGAGCAUGCACUGCUAGAGGGGUUCAACAUCCGGGAGAGCACCAGCUACAUUGAGGAACACAUAGACCGGCAGGUGUCACCUAUAGAAAGCCUGCGCCUCAUGUGCCUUUUGUCCAUCACUGAGAAUGGUUUGAUCCCCAAGGAUUACCGAUCUCUGAAAACACAGUAUCUGCAGAGCUAUGGCCCUGAGCACCUGCUAACCUUCUCCAAUCUGCGAAGAGCUGGGCUCCUAACGGAGCAGGCCCCCGGGGACACCCUCACAGCCGUGGAGAGUAAAGUGAGCAAGCUGGUGACCGACAAGGCUGCAGGAAAGAUUACUGAUGCCUUCAGUUCUCUGGCCAAGAGGAGCAAUUUUCGUGCCAUCAGCAAAAAGCUGAAUUUGAUCCCACGUGUGGAUGGCGAGUAUGAUCUGAAAGUACCCCGAGACAUGGCUUACGUCUUCAGUGGUGCUUAUGUGCCCCUGAGCUGCCGAAUCAUUGAGCAGGUGCUAGAGCGGCGAAGCUGGCAGGGCCUUGAUGAGGUGGUACGGCUGCUCAACUGCAGUGACUUUGCAUUCACAGAUAUGACUAAGGAAGACAAGGCUUCUAGUGAGUCCCUGCGCCUCAUCUUGGUGGUGUUCUUGGGUGGUUGUACAUUCUCUGAGAUCUCAGCCCUCCGGUUCCUGGGCAGAGAGAAAGGUAAGAGAGAGCAGAAAGGUGAGAAUUGGCCUGCAUUGUAUCUGGGUAACAAAGUGUCAGCUGGGCGCAGUGGUUCACGCCUGUAAUCUCAGCACUUCGGGAGGCGGCGGCAAGCAGAUCACCUGAGGUCAGGAGUUCGAGACUAGCCUGACCAACAUGGUGAAACCCCAUCUCUACGAAAAAUACAAAAAUUAGCCAGGCAUGGUGGCAGGUGCCUGUAAUGCUAACUACUCGGGAAGCUGAGGCAGGAGAAUUGCUUGAACCCAGGAGGUGGAGGUUGCAGUGAGCUGAGAUUGCGCCAUUGCACUCCAGCCUGGGCAACAAUAGCAAAACUCCAUCUCAAGAAAAAAAAAAAAAACAUGCAAAGUGUCCUGCACAGGAAUAUUUUUCUCCUGGCCUCAGAGUACAACUUGCCAUAGCCUUACCGUGGGCUGCCACAGCACGGAGCCCAGUUAUACCAGUUGUAGAAAGCAGUGGUGCCCAAGAGCAUGGCACUCACGUCUCUGUCUAUAAACUAGUGCUCUGAUCCCAUGGGGACUGUGGAACUGGAGGGGCUCUAUGGUUACUGUUGGGGCCUAAGAUCUGUGCUGUCUCUUCUGCUGCUGCAUUUGACUCCUUAGGCUACAGGUUCAUUUUCCUGACGACAGCAGUCACAAACAGCGCUCGCCUUAUGGAGGCCAUGAGUGAGGUGAAAGCCUGAUGUUUUUCCCGGCCAGUGUUGACACAUUCCCUGAACACAUUCCUCAGCGAGAAGCAGGCAUCUGGCACCCAGCUGCUAUAACCAUGUGUCCACCAACUACCUGCUAAGAGCCGGGAGCAUGGAACAUGUUGGGAUUUAGAGAACAUAUCUGAGAAAAGAGUUCACUUCCUGCUCCCAGGAUAUUUCUCUUUUCUGUUUAUGAAGUACAACCCAUGCUGCUAAGAUACGAGCAGGAAGAGGUAUCCUUUGCUAAAUCCUGUUUGAAUAUCAUUGUAAAUAAAGCCUCUGCUCUCAGAUGUAA